CCAGUCGUUGGGGGGUUGGCCUACCGAUGAGUCCGCCACGUAUUUUCAUUAUUAUAUCCGUCUAGAAGACGAUAUUAAGCGCCGAUAACUUACAUUUCAGGUUCAGAAUGGAGGCAGAAGAAAGUGUGAUGAGAGUGGAGAGUCCAUUUUCAUGGAUGAAGUCUGAUGCCAGUUGCUCGCAUACCGGCAAUGAUUCUGGCUACAGCUCUGGUAUAUUUAUGUCUCCUGAAGACACGAAUGUCUCACUGAAGCAAGUGAAUGUUAAACCAAGAGUGAGCACACCUCGUCGUGGCCUCAAGUCAACAAGGAGUCUAGAAUAUCUCUUGUCUCCAUCAGCAGAAAUAGAUAUUAUACCAAAACUUGACGUGAAUUGUCACUCAUCAAAAGCUGAUUCAUCCUUCAGUCUUGGCUCACCCACAAGCAAGUGUAGUCCAGGCUUGAAAAGCCAGUAUGGCAAAGUCAAGAUCUUCAGAGGACAUCAGUACAGUGACCAAAGAGCCAGUGGCCUAUUCUCCACGCAAAGCCAGUAUAGAAGGCAAGAGCCGCAUCUGUACACGAGCCCAGGCACUCUCAGGACCCAUCUUAAGACACAGAAAGUCUCAGAAUGUUUUAGUCCGCUUGUUAAAUGAGGCAGAUUAUCUAGUCGAGGAGCUUCUCAAAUACCUUCCUGCACGGGAUCUGAUACGAUUCAGCCAUGUGAAUAGACAGCUGCGGCAGAUUGUCCUAGGACAUAAUGUUUCCAACAAAAGACGAUUAGCUUAUAUAAACAGUUUCAAAAGGGAAAAGGAACAUUGUGGAAAGGAAAACUUCAGAUUAAAAAGGCUGAACACAGAGGCCACGGUGUCUGGCUUCGUGCCUCUCUCACCACGGAAGCCCCUCUCAAACCUGCAGAACCACAGACAAGAGAGUCCAAAGAAGCCGCCUCCUUCUCCAAUUAGAACGCUGUCCCAGAGGUUCAUGGAGGAAGGCUGCAAGCUCCCACAGGGUGAACAGCUGCAGAAGUGUGUCAAGUGCAAGGCUCCAGCUAAGGUGCAGAAGUCCUCCUUCCGCGCUGUCUGCUCUAAGGCAACCUGUGGCUAUGACUACUGCACUCGCUGCCUCCUUCAGUCCCACCGCAAACCCCAGGAUUGCCCUGUUCUCAAAGCUCGACCAAGAAGCACCAGAGGACUGAUUUCCUCCAAGAGCUGCAAGAGGAACCUGAGGAGGUUAUGAUAGGGGUCUGGCGGGAAGGAGAAUUUUAUAUUUUUUUAUUGAAUAUUAAAUUAUUAGUAAAGGUAUUUGAAUGUUGCGAGUGUGAAAAAGAAUUUAUUUUUAAGAAAGGAAGAUGAAGUAGCAGGAUUUUUAUUUUUUGCAUUACAUAAAUGCAGUGCCAUAGAAUGUGAAGUUUUAUUCCAUCUUUGCUAGCUGUGAUGAUUUUAAAAGAUCUCAUUUGGGGGGGACUUUGGUACUUUCCCUUUCGAACUUACCACAUCUCUGCUUUGUAAUUCUGGUUUGCACGUUGCCCCAGUCUUGACCAUUCUUAGCAGGUUUUGGACACGUCUGUUACAGUUUUAUUCCGGUGAACUGUGUGGAUUGCAAUCUGUAUAGGCCAUAGGUCCAGAAAAAUCAGCAAAAACUAUGCAUUCAAUAGGGUUUUAGAUGGUGUACAAAUGAUUAUGAUUUGAAUACUGUUUAUUUUUAGGCUGUGUUUUAUUUUCAAUUUGUAAGGUGAAAUUGCUCAAAUGGUGUCUUUUGAAGAUGGAUAAAUGUAGACACUUCUUUCUGAUCUUGAAGAUUGGUGUGCUAUUGCAUUGUUUUCUCAUCUAUUUGAAUUCUAACAUAGAGGAAAAUGUUUGGAUGUUGGAUUUGAGUUUUUGAACAUGGGGAUAUCAUUAAUGUUUGUGAGAAAGGGCCUAAUUCAAUUAUGAGAAUGCCUUUAAUCCUUUUUUUCUCUAAAAUCAAUGCAUCUCCCUUUUCUCUUUCACAAUCCUUUCAAUAUCUUCAGUAUUCCUUCUGUCUAUUUAUUUCCAGAUUAUGUAUCCUCCUAGUUAUUUUUUUUCACAUAUAUGCAUAUGUCUAUGACUGCUUAUUGUUUUUCAUUUUCUCUUAAUUUUUAUUGUGUAUGUGUGUAUCUGUAUGACUGAGUAUAAUUCUUUUCCAUUGCUAUAGUGUGUAUAUGCCAUGAAUGUAAAUAUUAAAUGAGUGCAUGUAUGCUAUUUAUGGUUUCCACACAUCUUAGCUACUUUUGUAAAAUAGCUAAGCCUCAGCAAAGAUCAAAAGACAUGGGUUGUUCAGGAACGCUGUUUACUUUUAUGAAAUUAUUGAUGGAUUUUUUUGUAUAUUGCUUUUCCACAAUUCAAGACUGGGUCGUUAUUCUCACAUCAAUACUUUUGGAAGAGUUGGUUGGUAUAAUUAGGUAUCAAAAAUGGGUGUGGUAUUCCGACUUGAAAGUGUUUUUUAAUAUGAUGCAAUAUUCAUUUCAGUUUAUGUGAUGAAUCAUUACAUCUAGAAGUGUGAGCUCAUGAUGAAUUAUUAAAUAAAUAUAACCCACAUGCUUCCAAUAAAAUUGAUUUUUUUUUUUUUUAUUUGAUUUGAAAGUUUCAUCUGUAUGAAGUUUGUGAGUUUACUAUUCCACUGCAUUUUGGAGAACUUAUAUACAAUUAUGUAACUUUUAUUGAUAUUCAGGGUUCAUUGAACAUUGAUACUAGUCUUGGGUGUUGAUAAAUAUUUGUUUAUUUCCUCACCUUUAAUUCUCAUUUGUUUUAAGGUAUUAAAAGUUUUCAUCUCUCAUGUUUCAUUAAAAUACUGUACAGAUGUUCUCAUAAACAACAUUCCUUUGUACUUAAAUUUUAUUUUGUCAGUUAUUAUUAUUUUUUCCCCUUUUUCCUUUUUUUAUAUUUUAAUAAAAUAUUCUAAUGA